CAAUAGCUGCUUUCUUUAGAAGCAAAGAGGAUGACCAUAGGCCAACCUUCAGUCUAUUAAAAAUUAGCAGUGCAGUCUCACGCUACCACAUAGAACACAUGCCCUCCUUAAAUGAAACAAUGAUUAUCAUCUACAUUAGCAUUGCAGUUCUGGCAACAACAGCCCUGGCAAAAGGUUCAGGUGAAUGCAUUUUCUCUGAAUCUUCUGCAACUUGUUUUGGAGCUACAGGACAGCUGCUAAUUUUUCAUCUGUCAUAUAAACGUGGUACUUCGAUUGUAAUCACGAAGGAUGACAAACACAGGAUUUUGAAAAUAAGCAAUCAAGGGAAAGUUACAUUAGAUAAGGAAUAUGUAAAUCAGUCAGACAGCAUAGACACUGUAAUACUCAAAGUAGGUGAAGCCACGAAGAAACAUUCUGGACAUUACCAGCUGGAAGAACAUGAUCAUGAUGGAAAGUUACUGAAAAAAAUUAAUGUAUAUCUAAAAAUACAAGCUCCAGUGUCAAAGCCAGGCCUGUCUCAGAAAUGCUUGUCAUCAGAACAGAUGAAAGUCAGCUGCUUCUCUGAAGGAGAUGGAGUACAAUUCAUUUUGAAUUUGGAUGGUCAGAUACUUACACAAAGCAACGAUCACAACCAAUCUCUAAACAUCAGUACAUCCCAGUUCUCAUAUCUUACUGUCGACUUACAUGGGAAGCUGAAUGGAAACCUUAGUUGCCAAGUUUGGAAUAAUAUUAGCAGAAAUGAAACAGUUAUUCACCUGGCAGCCUGCAAAGAUUCUGUUACAACCUUGACAGUGAUAGCAACUGUCAUCACGCUCUUUAUCGUUGUGGCUUUGAGUUUGGCUGUAAAACAGUUUUGUGAAAAAACAAGACCAACAACUGUUGAUGAGGAUGAUGUUGACAGUGACAUUAUCUACAGAGAUGUUAAAGUGACAAAUGAUAACAAAUUAAACAAAAUUAACUCAGGAGAAUCAGCUGGGAUAGGUUCCAGCACUGAACUUGACUCUGAAGUGGAUCAGCCAUGAAGAAGAUGGAUUGAUUAAU